AAGGGAGUGGAGCUGAAACUCUGAACAAACAAAGUUCCUUUCGCUUUUGCUGCCUGGCUGACAUUAGCUGUUCUUUAUCAGAAAAGGCAGCAAAGCCAGAGAGGCUUUUUAAAGGGAGGAAAGAGAGGCCUCCCCCUUCAGAACCAAGCCUCUUUUCACCCUGUGGAUUCACAGCCUCUGCCGAUUCUUCCAACCCUCCAAGAUCAGGAACGGUCAACUGAAUCAUCAAGAAGAGCCAUGGGUGGGAAAAGUUCGACACCAGUGGUAAGCAAUAAACCCGAAGAGAAGUCUGCCAGGGAAGAAGAAAAUCUUUCAGAUCUGACUGUGUCAAGAAAAGCCACACUUGACAUUGCCGUCACAGGACUGACAGGUGCUGGUAAAUCGUCCCUUGUCAACGCCUUGCGGGGUCUAUCAGAUUUUGAUGAGGAGGCAGCCAAAACUGACGUGAUAGAAGGAACAACAGAACCAAUGGGUUACGCGCACCCCACCUUUCCAGAUGUCACAGUAUGGGACCUACCAGGAAUUGGGACACCUAAUUUUAAAGCCGAGGAAUACCUGGAAAGAGUAAAUUACAGCCAAUAUGAUUUCUUCAUAAUCGUCGCUUCUAAUUCCUUCACUGUCAAUGACAUCCAGCUGUCCCAGGCAAUUCAGAAAAUGAAGAAGCGGUUCUACUACGUGUGGUCCAAAAUGGACAUUGCCAUUAGUAGCGAAAAACUGAACCCAGACUUCAAUGAGGAAGCAACCCUUCAGAAAGUCAGGGAAUAUUGCCUUGAUAAUUUGGUGGAGGCUGGUAUUUCUUCUCCGGAGAUUUUCCUGGUCUCCAAUUGGUACCCGGAAAAGUAUGACUUCCCCCUCCUGCAGAGAACUUUAGAGAAUGAAAUCGAGGCUCUGAGGAAACGUAUCUUAAGACCAGCUGACAAAACAACCAAACCAUCCAAAGGAAGCGGAAUCCAUUUCAUCCUGCUCCAAAAAAUCUUAAAAAUUGACCUUGCAAAGCUGAGAGACGAUCUGAUGUAUAGAAGUCUUGAAGAGGUGACUGAGGACAUACGUCAAGAAUUGGAUGAAUUACAAAAUGUCAAGCUUGACAUUGCCAUCACAGGAGUGUCGGGUGCUGGUAAAUCAUCCCUUGUCAAUGCCCUGAGGGGCAUGGCCGAUUAUGAAGAAGGUGCAGCUAAAGUUGGAAUAAUUCAAACAACUAUGGAGUGUCACGCCUAUCCACAUCCCUUAUUUCCGAAUGUAACCAUAUGGGAUCUACCAGGAAUUGGUACACCUGAAUUUAGACCAAAGGAAUACCUAGAGAAGGUCAAUUUUAGCCAGUAUGAUUUCUUCAUGAUUGUCACCUCAGAACGUUUCACUGAGAAUGAUGCCCUCCUGGCCCAGGAAAUCACGAAAAUGAAGAAGACAUUUUACUUUGUGCGCUCCAAAAUGGAUGUCAGUAUGGCUGCUGAAAUUAGGGACCCAAAUUUCAAUAAGGACAAAUCAAUUCAGAAGAUACGAAGAUAUUGCUAUGAUAACCUGACUAAGGCAGGAGAAUCUAAUCCAAGGGUUUUCCUUGUCUCCAGGCAAAAUUUGAGUAUGUAUGAUUUCCCAGAUCUGCAAGAAACCUUGGAAAAUAAUCUGGAUGAUCUCAAGAGACAUGCCUUAAUUCUGGCUAUGCCCCUUUUCUCCAGAACAAUCCUCAAAAAGAAAAAGGCUGCUAUGGAGGCCCUUAUAUGGAAACUCGCUAUUGUAUCCUGUGCUAUCGGGGCGCUUCCUGUCCCAGGACUUUCUUUGGUUUGUGAUCUUGGCAUCUUGGUAGGAGCAUUGCUGCAUUUCUAUAAAGUCUUUGGCUUAGAUGAAGCGUCCCUCCGCAGAGUUGCAAAAGUCUUUGGCAAAGAUUACCAAGUUCUGAAAUCUGCUAUCAAAAAGUCUCCGAUGUCCAGUGAGAUUACACCCAAAUUUGUAGCUGGCCUCUUGGCCCGGUCAUUGCUCUGGGCAACUGUGAGUGUAAUAGAACUGGUCUUGGAUAUUGUACCGGUAUUGGGCUCUCUGUUUGGAGGAGUUAGUUCCUUCGUCACCACAUUCUUCAUGCUGAGGAGCUUCUUGAAGGACAUCGUGGAAGAUGCGGAGAACGUUCGGGCAAAAGCUACUGAGCCUUGACCAUCACGAUAUCCCGUCACAAAGACCCAAGGCACCAAUUGGGGAAGAGAGUCCCAGGUACAAACUGUGUGAAAUCCUGUGCAGGACUAGAACUCGAGUAUGAGUGAAAAAGGAAAUUGGAUUCGGAUUUCAGAUCAGAAGCUUAUUUUUCUGUUAACCGACCCCCAACAUAAUUGAACUUUCCAGUAUGAAAUAACAAAAGAAAUCUGUCUAGAUGGUCCCAGUUUUGAAGCCUCCUUUCCCCAUCCCUGCUUGUCCAAAGAGCUCUUCAGGGCCUCUGAAGAACCACAGGCACGGCACAAUUCAAAUCAGAAUUUUCUUUCAUAAAAAAUGCACACUAGCUAAUAGUAUGUUCUUGUGACCUACUUUGAUUGCUUUGCACUGCAGCCCUUAGUCUGUGACAAGCCUUUUACCAUAGAUCAUCUGCAGCCAGCAUGGCCAUGGGAAAUUUAACAAAUUUCGGUCUUUUAUUCCUUUGAUUUCUG